CUCUAGGGUAACGGUAAUAUUAUACAAACAAGUUUGUUGAUGACAUUUUUUUUCUCAAAUUCAACCAUAACAUUGAUUUUCCAACAAUAUAAGUAAAUGUGUGAGAUCAUGUGAAGGAAAGAUAUUUUUGUCAUGAAGUGAUGGUCUAUUUUUAACUCCACUCCUAGUUUUAUUUUUGCCAGCACUUUGACAAGUUCAGUAACCAAAAACUUAACUCGGGUCUCUCUAUGUGUUAAAAUAAACCUGUUAAUUAGUGUUUGAGUUUUAAUAAAUAACUUAUUAAGUGAGUUUAUUGGUAUACACUUUUUUUGUGUGUGGUGAUAGAUGAAAAAACAACUCACAUUGUGACACUUAGCAUUAAUCAAAGUGAUAAAAAGAAUAACGAAAUGGCAGCUCCAGUUAACGAUGGGGAUGCUGAGCCAGAUAAUGAACAGGCAGGAGAUUUCUUACUGACAACAGAGAGGCUUCAUGAUUGUUUCUUCAUUGUGGAAAACCCUGCCACAGGGUCAUCAGAGAGGAUUGGAACAGUUAAAGCUUGUCUGAUGAAUCAAAGUCGAGUGUUUCGCAACAUGUUGCAUGACAGUCGGCUUGCCGAGAAAAAUGACGUUCGAGUACCAGACAUUGAACCUGCUACCUUCCGACUGCUGCUUAGGCAUUGCUACGGAGGUUUGGACAGUUGCCGACAGUUAGAUCCUGAGGUUGCAGUUAAACUGUGCUAUGCGGCUGAGAAAUACCUCAUUUCCACCCUCAAGAAGAAAGUUGCUGAAAGGUUGAAACCCGAAUGUGUCCCGGAAAUAUUCCCCGCUCUUCACUGCCUGGUUACCUACAAUGUCAAGGAUCUUGAACUUUAUGUUGCAGAGAUGGUCCGGGAACAGACAGACAAAGUCUUUGCAAGUGAAGGGUUUGUUGAGGUGGAUGUAGACAGUGUGCUGUUUAUAGUCAGACAAGAUACAUUGAACUGUGCCGAGGUAGACAUCUGGCGAGCCUUAGUCAAGUGGGCUACUCACAAAGUCCAGACUGUCGAAGGCUCUUCAAUGAGAGAAUGGAUGUCCCAACCUCUGAAGCACCUUCGUUUGAUGACCCUCACCUAUGAAGAUCUCUGCAAAGAAGUUCUUCCUACCAAAAUCCUGACAUUUGAGGAAUUCACUCAAGUUUGUGAAAAAAGUGAACAAGAGUCUCAAACCAUAUGUACCAUCAAGGAAAAGCGUUUGGCAUUUCAGGAGCGGUGGAAAUGGUGGGAAACAGUGGCAGUUCUGCAUGACACAAGAGAGGGAAGAUUUACUCAGUCUGAUUCAUCCUACAGCUGUAUCGUCGUAGGAGAUCGCAACAUCAUGCUUGAAUCAAUCACUUGCUUGGGUUCCACCUCUCGAGAUUUUCACGACUGCUUUGGACUCAGUUACGCUUGCCAAGUAGAUGUUGUCAUAACUAGGAUAACGGAUUACAUUUCCAGCUCAUCAUCAGAAGAACCAGUUGUGGUCAGAUUCAACGGUAAUGCCAACUAUUACGAACAGUUUACGAUACCCACAUUGGUAAACGGGGAAAGUAUUACACUCCAGGCCAACGGAAUGUACAAGAUCAAGGUGUUGUUUGUAAGUGAAGAGGCUAAACUUCAUCCUUGCUGGAAAGCUCCUAACUGCAGUGAAGGACAUACCUUCAGUCACGGCAAGUUCUACUGUUCGUACAUCUACGAAGAAGGGAUCGGAUGGAAACCAAGUCAUUUGAUAAAGUUUCAGUACAGCUACAGAAGGUAACAUGUAUUAAUUGUACAUAAAUUGUUUAUUGUUGUAAAUAAAGUCAUUACAGCACAAAAGUGUUGUUCUUAAUUCUGUUUCAGAGACAAAAGUCACAUUUUAACUUUGAAGCCAUAACUUUUUCUCCCAAUUGUAAAACAUG